UUUUUCUUCAUUUGUUUUGACGUUUUGCUGCUCACAUUAUUCAAUACUAUUUUUCAAGCCUUGGCGUUAAUUCUGAAAUUAUUAGGUAGAAUUAGCCUAUUUCUGUAAAGUGGCGAAGCCACUUAUCACCUCCGCCGUUUGAGUUCGGCCUGGAAGCAAAUGAAACACUAAAAUUAAAGGAAUGACAUUUGUGUUGCGGCUUCUACGCCAACCGGCUCACCUAUCUCAUAGUGGCACGUUAAAAUUCCUGCGCCAACAAUAUGCAUCACCUGUAGUCAUUCCCAUUCGUCAACGAAGUGGUACUACCGAAAAACGGUCAAGUGAGAAAAAAAUCCAACUUCCCCCUGUUGUCUCGCCUAAAAUAUGCCCUGCGGAACCAAAACACUCGCCAAACAAAGUCAAUGACUUAGGAAGCGUGCCAAGUUGGUCAAAAUGGCCACCACAGACAAAGGAUGACAAAAAAACCUCUUCGCAGCGGUUAUCACGAGAAAAUGUCGAAGGUUAUAUGUUUAAGCAUUUUUUCGACUAUAUCAAAAAUUAUGAAAAAUUGUUGGAGAAAAACUUCCCAUCAGCCAUGAAGGUGUAUCGCACCUAUGUUGACGGAGUUAUUGAUUUCUACAACGACAUGAAAUCUUAUCUGAAGAUAGUACGCAUUGUAAAUAAUUCCCCAAUGGGUCUGAAGGCAUUGAAUCGUAAGGAACUUGAACUUUAUAUGCAGAUGCCUAGAGACAUGAUGAAGGUGGCUCCUGCUUUAUUUGUUGCCGCGCUGCCCCUUGUCGGAUAUGUGGUGAUGCCAUUGAUUUUUGCGUUUCCACAACAAUGCCUUUGUUCGCAUUUUUGGACAUUACAACAACGUACAGAGUUCCAACAAGCUGUGCUGCAAAGACGUCUCAAAAAUAACAGACCUGUUUUGAGAAUAUUACAAUCGAAACUAAAAGAUGUAAAGAAACACAAAAAACACGGUGAACUACAAGAAAUACUGGGCAUGUUAGGCAGUGGUUUUCACCCCAGUGUUGAAUCACUGCUUAAAAUAAAAGACAUUUUUGCACAUCCACCAUACGAUUUGCUCUCUCUAAGUGGGAAACAUAUAAACCUGAUAUGUCAACUACAUGGUGUCCCAACGCCUUUGUUCAAGCAUUUUCAUCUGUCGGAGCAUGCUUUUUUGGUACAUCACAUGGAUUUGGCUAUUGUGCGCGAGGGUCACGUUCAUAAUAUGCAUCCGGACGACAUACGCCGGUCUUGCUAUAUUCGAGGACUUAAUCCCAAUAACCUUAGCAUUGACGAAAUGAUAGCAUGGCUUCGUGAUUGGAUUAAAAUUUCUACAUCGAUCGAAGAACAACACAUAAGCAUGUUCCUGUACCUGCCAGUCCUAUUAGGCUACAACCAUCCAAACAAUUGGCACUUAAUUUAUGACAGUAAAUAAGAAUGUUAAACCUAUAAAAUCAAGAAUUAUUUACAAUAAACCCUUAAAGUUUUAUGUUAAAAACG